AUGUCAGAUACCGCCGACGAUGAACCCGUAUACAAGCGUAAGCGGGUCGCAAAGGCCUGCCAGACAUGCCGAUCCAUGAAAUCCAAAUGCGACGGGAAACAGCCAAAGUGUGGAAGAUGCGUCGGGUAUGGCUACGACUGCGUCUACUCCGUAGGAAGACCUCGUCGACGACGGGAAAAGGCCACCGGCAACGGAGAUGCCGGCGCAGAAGGUCCAGCAGCCGGAUCUGGCCCCGGCGCGCAUACGUAUGCCCCCUUUAAGAUCGCCGUAGAUCAGUAUGAGACUCUAGUGCAGAGCCUCAUCACACAGCUACCCUCUGCCCAACAGCAGCAAGACGCCCAAGCGCAGCUCAACUCCAUCAAGUCGCAAGUUGACCAGGCCGUGAAUAAGACCUCCUCGACAGAGACGCCGUCAUACUCGCCGGGCGUGGACCGUGGACAGCACAACCACCACGAUUACCAACCUUCCCCGACACCUUCGCUCAAGCCUAGCCAGAGAUACUUGGGCGAGGUCAGCGACGUGCACUUCUUCAAUGUCAUUAAGCGAAUCCUACAGACAAAAGACGCUCCCGGCGGCGGCGGCGGCGGCGGUGGCGGCAGCAGUGCAGGGGCGGACCACGACUUUGACAGCUACGAACAGGACGGCGACGCGCUGCUCGCCGGCGCUGCCGCAGGAGGGAGGCUGGUGGAGCUUCCAGGCCCCGAACAGGAGCGCAAGUUCACCGACGUGUACUUUGCAACCAUUCACCUCGCGUACCCUUUCAUACCGCAGUCUACCUUCUCGAAACUGUGUGACAGGAUAGGGGGCGCGCCCAACGGCGGUGAUCGUUUGGGUGGCACGGAAUCUGCUCUUUAUUAUGUAAUCUGCGCCAUUGGCUCAUAUUAUACGUCUUUUCUGGAGAAGAACUCGGAUACCCGCCAUUUCCACGGCGUCUACUUCCAGCGUGCUUUAGCUCUUGCUGCAUCAACGGCAUCGUCGGAUCGGUCCAUUAACCAGGUCUCACUGCUUCUGACGCAAUGUUUCUAUUAUCUCGCGGUAUCUCGGACGGACAGCUGCUGGAUGACCCUGGGCCAAGCCGUCCGAAUCGCUCAAGGUAUCGGUCUACAUGUCGAAAAGGACAAGAACAACCCCCGGCACACGGUAGAAACCGAGACGCGUCGCCGGGUGUGGUACUCCAUCUACGUCCUGGACCGUCUUCUCUCCCUCCAGCUGGGCCGCCCCGCGGCCGUACACGAGGACGACUUCAAUGUACCGCUCCCUUCGCGGCGUGCCGACUCGGAGAUUGACUGGGAGGCCACUCACAUGGAGCCGCCGGUCGAGGAGACGUCGGGCGGGGACUACUUCCUCGCCGUCAUUGGUUUCUCGCAGAUUCUAGGCCGCGCGCUGCGGGAUGUUUUUGGGCCGAGGCACUCGCAGCUCACCUCUGCGGGUGCCCUCCGGACGAGGGAACUGGAUCGCCAGCUUGUGGAUUGGAAGUCGAAGCUCCCGCGACGGUUGCGAUUUGAUCUGGGGCAUGCCUUUGACCAGAACUUUGCAUUCAAGAGACAGCGAAACAUCCUCGCAGUCAAGUUCCACCACCUGCGGGCUCUUCUGCACCGGCCAUACCUGUGCUACCCCCUCCUCCGCGGCCUCGACGACACGUCCUCCACACUCUCCGAGGUAGACUGGCAUCUCGUCAGCAUAUCAGAAAAGACAUGUGUUGCCGAGGCGCGGGAGACGGCGCGGCUGCUGCACGGCGUCUCGAGCGAGAAGGACCUGGUCCACGACUUCCCCUGGUGGCAGAUGAUUUCGUGUCUCUUGUGCGCGAGCUCCAUUCUGUUGAUAUCGAGUACGUUUACGCAGCCCAUGGCGGAGGACGAGGCCGUCUUUGACACCGAGGGCCUUUCGGACGAUGCGGAGACGUGUCUCAAGAUGUUUGAGGCAUUGAGCUGCAACUCGUCGAGCGCCAAGAGCGCCCGGGAUAUGUUGAAGGGGCUCAAGGAGUGCGGCAUCGACUGGAAGAGCAAGAACCCGCCCCGGCCGGCGGUGUUCGCUGAGAUGCCGCAGCAGCAGCAACAGCAUCAGCAGCAGCAACCUCAGCAUCAUGUUCCAAAUAGCUCGAUGCAGGCGCAACAUCAGGCGCAGCAGGCGAUGCUGUCGCCGGUGGAGAUGGGUGCGUUGAGCGGGAUGCCGGACUCUGCUACCGCGCAGGAUAUGGGAAUGCUUGAGAUGGGUGUGGCUCCUUUGGCGCCCGGCCAGUGGCCGGCGGAGAUUGUGGACUCGAUGGCGUGGUCUGCGCAGUUCUUUGAUGCCAUUCAGGGGUAUGGGAAUGGCGAGUAA